AUGGGCUGGCAUACUGAUAUAUUCUUCACGUUUAGUUUCCACAUCCGCUCAGAAGACCACCCAAACACCGAUCUCCUCAAAGACUUCACCCCCGCCGUCCAGUACAUCGACUCAGCCCUAAACGCCGAAAACGGCGGCGUAUUCAUCCACUGCGCAAUGGGAAAGUCCCGGUCCGCAACACUCGUCUGCGCAUACUUAAUCUGGAAGUACAACAUCACCCCUGCCGCAGCGUUGGACCAGCUAUGUGAGGGACGACCGGUGUGCGACCCGAAUCCAGGUUUCAAAGAGCAGUUGGAGGUGUGGGGGGAAAUGUGUGGGGUUAGUGGCGAGGAAGCGAAGAGGAAUGUGUACUCGGCGUGGGAGAAGGAUAGGUUCACAGGGGAAGUCUGGGAAUGGGAAGCUCGCUUGGAUAAAAAGCGAGAGCAAGAACACGACAUCGUGGCGAGGUCAAAGUUGUAA